UCUGGUGCAGAUAGCGUUUAUCUUCUGAGAGAGGAAGAGCGACAGAGUCCGUAAAAUAUUGUGUUCCUGUAAUCGCGUGGGUCAAUUUAGUGGUCGAUUGGAGCAAUAGGUUGAGAAUUGUGAAGCGGCGUUCGGAAUUGUGUGGUGUUUCUGCUGAAGAAGCCCUCUUCUGAGCGUCGAGGCUCGGUUUUUGAUUGAAGGUGGUGUAUCUGCGUGUAGCUUGCGGAGAAGGACGGGAGACGAGGAAGCAAGAAAACUAAGGCCUUGCCGAUUUUGAGAGUUUUGGUAUUUUGGUUUGGUCAUCUGGUCACUGGUCCCCGUAUUUCUUGCCGGCUUGUUUAGCUGUGGGUUUUGGACGGGGGGGAAUUCGUGAAGGUAUCGGUCUUGGUCUUGGGAUGUGAUAUCACCUCGGAAUUGUCUAGAAAGUGUCUCAGAUGACAGAUCUGUGCUGAGAUAUCAGAAAAAUGGCAUCACCAGAGGUAUCGAUAAAGGGAAAUGGCGUGAACGGGAUGGGGGAAGGCUUUUCUUCUGGUUAUAGCAACCAUGACGAUGCUAGGAACGGUACAGAGGGUCAAAAUGCUCAUUCAUUAACCGGGAAAGAAGCAGAAGCUGCACUUUACAGAGAGCUGUGGCAUGCAUGUGCUGGUCCUCUUGUUACAGUCCCCCGGGAAGGAGAGAGAGUCUUUUACUUUCCCCAAGGACAUAUCGAGCAGGUUGAGGCGUCCACUAAUCAGGUGGCGGACCAGCAUAUGCCCUUGUACGAUCUCCCUUCCCAAAUCCCGUGUCGGGUGAUCAACGUGCUGCUGAAGGCCGAGCCAGACACUGACGAGGUGUUCGCCCAGAUCACCUUGGUUCCUGAGAACAGUGAAGGUGAAAAGACCGUGCAGGAGGAACUUUCACCGCCGCGAUUUCACGUGCAUUCUUUCUGUAAAACCCUGACUGCCUCUGAUACCAGUACUCAUGGCGGCUUUUCGGUACUGAGACGACAUGCUGACGAAUGCCUACCUCCUUUGGAUAUGUCUAAGCAGCCACCUACCCAGGAGUUAGUGGCAAAGGAUCUGCAUGGCAAUGAGUGGCGAUUCAGACAUAUCUUUCGUGGUCAACCACGUAGGCACUUACUGCAGAGUGGUUGGAGUGUUUUUGUCAGCUCCAAGAGGCUCGUUGCAGGGGACGCCUUCAUAUUCCUUAGGGGCGAGAAUGGGGAGCUUCGUGUUGGUGUCAGGCGGGCAAUGAGGCAGCAGGGUAAUGUUCCAUCCUCAGUGAUCUCCUGUCAUAGCAUGCAUCUCGGUGUCCUUGCGACUGCUUGGCAUGCUAUCUCAACUGGCACCAUGUUCACUGUUUAUUACAAGCCUAGGACAAGUCCAGCUGAGUUUAUUGUUCCAUACGAUCAAUAUAUGGAGUCUCUAAAAAAUAACUACACAAUAGGGAUGCGAUUCAAAAUGAGGUUUGAAGGUGAGGAGGCUCCAGAGCAAAGGUUUACUGGUACCAUUGUUGGAAUUGAAGAUGCUGAUCCCAACAGGUGGCCGAAUUCCAAAUGGAGAUGCCUCAAGGUGAGAUGGGAUGAAACAUCUAAUAUACCUCGCCCUGAGAGAGUUUCCCCUUGGAAAAUAGAGCCUGCUGUUGCUCCUCCAGCUUUGAAUCCUCUUCCAAUGCCCAGGCCUAAGAGGCCUCGUACUAAUGUGGUUCCACUAUCCCCCGACUCCUCUGUUCUUACUCGAGAAGCCUCAUCUAAAGUAAGUAAAGACCCUUCACUGGCAAGUGGGUUUCCAAGGGUCUUGCAAGGUCAAGAAUACCCGACCUUGGGAGGCAGUUUUGCAGAAAGCAACGAGUCUGUUACUGCAGAUGAUGAAAAGAUUGAUAUGGUUUCCACCUCAAGAAGAUACGAGUCAGAGAGCUGGAUGUCAAUGGGGAGGCAUGAGCCAACGUACUCAGAUCUAUUGUCACAAUUUGGAGCCAGUGGAGAUUCUUUUCGACCACCCGUGGCUGGUCAGACUGGGCCUCUGGCUAGUCCUGCUAAAAAGCAUUUGAGGGAACAGGAUGGGAGGUUUAAGGCAAUGACCAAUCCAUGGCCUCUAGGGCCCUCUGGUCUAUCACUAAACCUCCUUGACUCAAAUAUCAAGGGUUCUGUGAAUGGUGGUGAUGUAACAUAUCAUACCCCAGGGAAUGUGAGGUAUGGUGCGUUUAGUGACUACCCUGUUCUCCAUAGUCAUAAAAUCCAGCAGUUACAUGGGAAUUCGUUGAUGCCGCCACCAACUUCAACACCAUAUGAGAGUUCUCGUCCAAGAGAGUUGAUGUCAAAACCAGUCUCAACACGUACAAGUGAGUCUGUCAAGCCAAAAGAUGGGGAUUAUAAGCUCUUUGGCUUCUCACUUAUCAGUGGCCCUGUUACACAAGAGCCAUCUGUAUCCCAAAGAAAUGUGACUCGCGAGUCACCAGGUCACAUGCAUCCUGCAUCUUCCAAACUUCAUGAAAGUGAUGAUAAAUCAGAUCAAUCGAGGGGCUCAAAACCAGCUGAUGUGGCUGCUGACGAAGACCCAGAGAAGUCAUUGCAAGCUUCUCGUGCACAUCUGAAAGAAGUUCAAGCCAAACUGCCUAGUGGUUCUGCUAGGAGUUGCACUAAAGUACACAAGAAGGGAAUUGCACUUGGUAGGUCAGUGGACCUCACAAAGUUCAACAACUAUGAAGAAUUAGUUGUUGAGCUAGACCAGCUGUUUGAAUUUGCUGGUGAAUUGAUGUCUCCUAAAAAGGAUUGGCUUAUUGUCUAUACUGAUGAUGAGGAUGACAUGAUGCUUGUUGGGGAUGAUCCAUGGCAGGAAUUCUGUGCCAUGGUUCGCAAAAUUUAUAUCUAUCCCAAGGAGGAGAUUCAAAAAAUGAACCCAGGUACACUAAGUUUAAGGAAUGAAGAGAAUCAGUUGGCUAGCGAAGGUGCAGAGGCCAAAAUUGGAAGUCAGUUGCAUCAUUUAGCUUUGGUGCCUGAUAAUUCGUAGGUUUGUUUUCUGUAGUUUCCAGGGCUGGAAAAGUGGGAUCUACUGAAAAGCCAUCCAGUCGGAGAUAGGAUCUGAAGACGGAAGCCGUGCUGUGAACUGACGAGGGACUAGUUGAAUCAGAAUAUGGAUAGCAUGAAUUUAUAUAUCCAUCCGAUUUUUGGACCCAUCUUGGAAUUAGUUUAGUACAUCUUGUGCGUCGAGCGACGUGAAAUAUGGCCUUGAAUUUUUCAACCCCCCUGCCUUGUAAAUAGCUGUUCCGCUACCCCCUCCCCUCCCCGACCCCACCCCAGCCCGCCCCAUAUGUAAGUAAGUUCAUUUAUGUGGUAGGUGCCUCAUUGGUAACAUCCAGUUUAUCUGAUUUUGAUGUCUUUGAUUGAGGAUUGAGAUAGAGUAGUAGUAUUUAUGGAUUACCGUUUACAAGGUGUAUAUUUUUAUGCUGCCUAUACAAUUUUGAAAGGCUUAAUGACAUUUCUUGUUUUAUGACCUUGCUCUGUGGCGGAUGGAGGAUAUUGGACUAUUGUGUGGGGAAGGUGCAAUGAAGGAAAGACAUGUCCGUGCCAGAUGCGGAGAAUACUUGGCCAUUGCGUCUCUGCCUUCAUUUGCCAUGAUUUGGGUCUUCAACUUCACUGGCCCAAAUGAAACGUAUUUUCUUGACUAAAAACAAAGCUCCUUUAUUGAGAAAGAGAGGUUUCCGUUGAAUUUGACGGGGACAUUUGUGUUGAUGGUUAGUAGUUGAAGAUUCAUUGGUUUUUAACGCCUUUGACGAAGAAAAUGUAUUUUUUCAAGAACUUAAUUUAGUGGCAGCAACGAAACAGUUUGAAUACUUUA